AUGUCCGCAGGUUCUACGGAACAGUUGGCUGCUAAAGAUUGUCCAACAUGUCAAAGGCGACGUAUCAAGUGUGACCGGGGGCUUCCGGCCUGCCACAAAUGUGGAAAGCGCAAUUUAGAAUGCCCUGGCUACGGCCGACAGCUCAAAUGGGUCCAAGGCGUCGCCAGUCGCGGUAGUCUGCGGGGCAGAGCAUUUCCCUCUCUCGACGCUCCUGUCACAGCAUCGAACUCGCCUUGUUCUUCGUCAGAGACAUCAAGUGAGACCCAUGCUACUGUCAGCAGCAUAAAUUCUCUGAAUCAGUACAGCUGCCCCACGGCCCGUUUCUCACCGGGAGCUCGUCUAUCCCCCGCUUCGGAACUUUGCUUCUCGCAAGCUCGACCAUUGCAUGUUUCACGGUUGAUCUCCUGGUUCAACGACCGAGUCGCCCAUCGACUUGCCUGGGUCCCGCAACAGAAUGCGUGGCGUCACAUGAUUCUACCGAUGGCUGAGAGCUCCGAAACAGUCCUUUCUUCCAUUCUCGCUAUCGCCGCCCAUGACCUGGCAUCGGAGUACCAUCCAAAUGACCUGGGACAUGGAACAUUCCAACAGAUGUCGAAAAACUAUCAAAAUAAGUCCCUUGCCCUUCUGGCUCAAGAGUUGAACAGUCUUUCUAUAUCGUCUACGUCGGCAUUGGAAGCGAGCACAACAUCUGCCUACACCCUUGCAUCUGUGAUUAUUCUUUGUAAUAAUGAGUUUAUGAAACCACAAGGCGCUGGGUGGAGGGUCCAUCUCUCCGCUGCGAGGGAGAUUAUCCUGGCGUCAGGAAACCGACCGCGCCGGCACCACCAGCUAGCCUGCAUCGAACAGUUUCUCGAGUUAGAAUUCUAUGAGGCUUCGGUGUGGGCUGAUCUGACGACAUUUGGCAACUACAACAUGAAGAUCAAGACUCCUCCUGCAAGCGCCGAGAACGCAGUCUUCACCGACUUCAUUCGAGUCAUCGACCAAAUCACCCGCCUUGAGCGUCUGAGAUUUUGUUCCGGGACGAUCGAGCAGACUUCUUUAUACGGCCCGAUGCAAGACAUCCAGUCACAGAUUGAAUGUGCUAGAAACAGCAUGAUGCGCCUCAGUGAAUCCAUUGACUUCUCCUCUGAGGCUGAUCAACGUGGCUUUGAAUUGGUAAUCUGGAUGUACUACCACGCCACCCUCAUUUACAGCCAUCAAGCUUUAUCGGAGGUCGCUACUGCAUGUGAUGAUGUACGCAAGUCUCGGGAUGAAAUCCUCCGCUAUGUACAAUUUCUAUCCGAGACUCGAGACGGCAUGUUCGCUCAGGAUCUUGUCUGGCCGCUUUUCAUGGCAGGGACUGAACUCCGAGGACAUUCUAUCGGCCAGAAGAUUAUCCAGGAGUGUUUUGGCAAUGUCAUGCGCAUCAGCCGCACUCUCGAUAGAGCGCGUGUCCUCUCGUUCGUCGAGACCUGGUGGAAUGAGCCUGGUACCUAUACAUCUUGGAUUGACAUGGCUCGAAAGCAAUCUCAAUAUCCGCAGUGUGAGAUUCUCAUUGUAUGA